AUGGGGACCCAGGUUGCAGAGCAGCUUCGGGUGCUUAACAGUGGUUCCCGCGGAUGUCUUCCAAGCCCAAGUCACAGUCUUCAUUUCUUUGAAGUCAGAGUUCUUCAGCCUCGUCUUUCAAUCAUGAACCACAGUCAUUCAGGUCUUCAAAACCAGUGUCUUCAGCCUCAUCUUCCAGUCACAAACCACAGUCUUUCAGUUCUUCAAAACCAGCGAUCUUCAGACUCAUCUUCCAAUCACAAACCACAGUUUUCAGUUCUUCAGAACCAGAGUUCUUCAGCCUCAUUCUUCAAGUCAUUAACCAUAGACUUCAGUUCUUUAUUCAGUGUCUUUCAAUCCCUCAAGUAUCAGUCUGCCUUUAGCACAUUUAUGUUAGAACUUCACCAGAGAUUAUGGAUUGAUGUAAUGAACAGUACAUACACUCCAAUGGUUAUGCUUAACCACUUGUCUGGCAUGGUCGCAUCAGAUGCGACCACACCAGGCAGUGUUAAAUCUGACCUGGUCGCACAGGAUGAGACCAGGCUGGUAGCACGACGGCACAGGAGGCAGGACAGGCGCCGCCAAGCUGUACCACCGCCACCUGCCUGCCCGCACCCACCACAGUCCCUGGCUAGUGAUGAGGCGCCAGGCCCCAUCUCAUCCGCAGCACGUGCCCCACCCACCCAGGAGCCUACCCCAUCUGCCCAGGAGCCGGAGGUAGCGAGCUCCGGAAGUGAUCGCCUAAUUAUUGACACGGAGGCGGAAGAGGAGGAGAUGGGGGAGCCUUCAGGCCUGCCUGGAAAGAAUUGUAAUCUACUGUACUGUACUCUACUAUACUGUAUUUACAGUAGUAUUGGAAAUAACAAUGUCAAAUUUGACUUUUAUUUUCUGGCUUAUAAUUUUUUUUUUAUAUUCAACACAGAUGUCGCUUACGUGGAGUUGGGGGAGGAGGAGGAAGAGCCACAGUAUAUAAUUAUUGACAGUGAGGAGGAGGAAGAGGAGGAGGAGAAGCCCUCUCCCCAACUUGGCCCUACACUGUCAAAGGCCGUGGCGGAAGAGGAGGACCAGCACCCUCUGUCCCCCACCACACUGCACCCAUCAAGCCCUACACUGGAACAGGCCGUCGAGGAGGAGGAGGAUGAAGAUAAGGAGGCGCAAUUUAGUGACGACCAGCCAGAAUACAUGUUUGUCCGUCACCAACCAGUGGAGGAGACACCAGUGCCAAUGAUUUAUGGGGGCCCUAGACAGGGGCAAGAACGGUGGGUUGGCCCAGAAGCGGGCAGGCAGCAGCCCACUUAUACAAGAGGAAUUACAGUUGGACAACAUGCCAGUAACUAUCAACAAAACUAUGAGCAAGAUAAUCGCCAACAUGAAAAAAGAAAAUAAAACCAUCAAAGAGAUCCAUGCAUGGCUCAAGGAAAGUGGCAUUAUAGUCACUUUAGAAACGGUGCGCUAUCAUGCUUUCGAGAGAA